CCCGGCUCCGCAGUGCCGGGCCCGAGCUCCGCCGCCGCGCUCGGCCGGGGCCGCGCCGGGGCUGGGUGGCGGCGGCAGCUGCGGGAGGAGUCCCGCCCGGGCCCGGGGAUCGUCCCUGCUGCUGCCCCCCGGCCCCGCAGCCCCCCCCCGAGCCCCCCGGGGACCGGCAGCAGCCCCCCCUCCCCCCGGGGCGGCUGCCCGAAGUUGCUGCCAUGCCCCCCGCCCGGUCCCGGUGCGGCGGCGGCGGCGGCAGGGAGCCGGCUUGCGAGGGGGAUUGUGCUGCAGACAAUGCGCGGCGGCAUCUGGAGCAGCCCCGGGGACCGGAGCUCCGGUUUUGACAUUGCUGCACACACGGCACCAGCCGCAAUGACAGCGGCUGCCUGGAGCGGCUGCAGGCAGCAGGCAGGAGCAUGAAGUGAGGAGACCACUGCAGUGCUCAAGAUGAACUCCUCCUUGGUCGGCAACCAGAGUGGCCGGCCCUUCUGCCUCCUGGCCAUUAGCUACCUGGAGACCAUCAAUUUUUGCCUGCUGGAAGUGGUCGUUAUCGUGUUCCUCAUGGUGCUGAUUAUUUCGGGCAACAUCAUCGUGAUAUUUGUCUUUCACUGUGCACCUCUGCUGAACCACCACACCACCAGUUACUUCAUACAGACCAUGGCGUAUGCUGACCUCCUGGUGGGCGUGAGCUGUCUGGUGCCUUCUUUGUCUCUGCUGCACUAUCCUAUUGUGUUAAGUGAGUCCUUGGUUUGCCAAAUCUUCGGUUACGUGGUGUCGGUGCUGAAGAGCGUCUCCAUGGCCUCUUUGGCGUGCAUUAGUAUUGACAGAUACAUCGCCAUCACAAAGCCGCUGACCUACAACACGCUGGUCACCCCGUGGAGACUGCGGAUCUGCAUCCUGAUAAUCUGGCUGUACUCCUGCCUCGUCUUCUUACCCUCCUUCCACUGGGGAAAGCCUGGAUAUCACGGGGAUGUGUUCCAGUGGUGUGCCAAUUCCUGGAACACCGAUCCCUAUUUCACUCUCUUCAUCGUGGUGAUGCUCUACGCCCCGGCUGCUUUCACCGUCUGCUUCACGUACUUCAACAUCUUCCGCAUCUGCCAGCAGCACACCAAGGAGAUCAACGAGAGGCGAGUGCGCUUCAGCUCUCAGGACGGGGAGACUGGGGAGGCCCAGCCCUGCCCGGACAAGCGCUACGCCAUGGUUCUUUUCCGUAUCACCAGUGUCUUCUACAUCCUCUGGCUGCCCUACAUCAUCUAUUUUCUGCUGGAGAGCUCCAAUGUCUAUAGUAACCGCGUUGCGUCCUUCUUGACCACUUGGCUUGCCAUAAGCAACAGUUUCUGCAACUGUGUCAUUUACAGUCUCUCCAACAGUGUCUUUCAGAAGGGGCUCAAGCGUCUCUCGGGGGCUAUUUGUGCCUCUUGUGCUAGACAGAGGGUGGCUAAGGACUCCUCUACCUCUAGGAGCAAAAGAUCUUCCAAUGGAUGUCACGUCUAAGACACCUAUCAGCUUGACUGGGAAGUGCAGGGACAACUCUGUAGAUUGCAAAAAAUUAAAUACGAUUUUAAGAUGUCCAGAUUUGCAAAAAGGUUUCUGAGAAAUGCUGCUGACAUAGAAGAAUCAGGAGCACAUAUCAUUGUGAUUUCACUUUUAAAAAUUUAUUGCUGUGGAGGCGGCCGUGGAGUUUCACCUCCAUGUUCAUUUUUAAGAAUAAAGCUGUAUCUUGACAGUUACCUCUCCAGCUGGUGUGACUGAAUGGAGUGGGUGUCUGAGAGCUUCAGCAAAAUGUAGUCUUUCUUACAGCUCUACUAGGUUCUUUGGAGAUUCGUGCUUCACAUGUAAAUGAUAGAUCUGAAGUGGAAAUGUCACGGUAUAUGGUGUAUUACAGGGAUUUUUUAAUAUAUGCCAAAGUAUAUCGACACAAUUUUCCAGCGUCGUAAGAGAAGGGGCCAAACAAUUUGUUUUUCAGUGCUACCUAGACAGGAUUUCUAGAUCAGUAGUGAACAAUGUGAACAUUGCAGCAUGAACUUAAAGUCUUACUGAGCCAUGGGUGCAGCAGCCUGGUCUGGGCAGUCGUACGCGCAGGGGGAGUGAUCCGGCUUCUGUGCCCCUUCCUCUGGUAGGCUGCCUGCGUGCGAUCAGCGUGGCAUCUGCGUUCUCCUAUUUGUUGUGAAGUAGGAAGAAAAACUUGGAUCAGACCAAAUCUAGCAGUUAAAUAAAAUGUGUUUUGAUAAGCUAAGAGAAAAUACUUGUCGUUUUAUGAUAGCAGAGUUGUGGCAGUCACUCGAGGAUGAUGCCAACAUGUGAAAAUUAUUCCCAAAACAGUGGAGAAAUGCCACAUUUUUGUGUGGAAAUUUUCUCAAGAACGACUUUAAAAAUAACAUCUCCCCCCCCUUUUUUUUUAAUCUAAAUUCUUCUGAUAUUUUACAUACUGGAACUUAAGGGGAAAGGAAAGAAAACAAUUGUCUUCUAAACAGCUAAGGGAACUAUGCUGUAAAUUUAACUGUAGUAUUUGAGUUAUUCAUAAGUGCACAGAGCUAAAUCAGAGACAUUUUUCUUUAGGCUGCAGGGGAUUAAAGAUGGUUCGAAUAUAGCAGGAGCUAAAUCCUGUUGGCAAACGCAUAUUUAACUGGUCAAACAACGUAUGGUAUCUGAGAAACAAAGUCUCAUUGACCACGGCUUUUUCCAAGCUCGCUUAGGUGAGGUGUUUCCGAGUAUUGUGAUGCUGUUAGAAUGCAGAGUGGCCCUCAACUGAUCGGUUUUUCUAAAGAAUAUCUCUGUCUCUGUACCGAUGCCAUAUUGGAAUAUGAAAGUAUUUGUGAACCACGUUUUCCUGUAAUAACGGGUUACAUCUGCAUCACCUUUCCUAGCUGCAGCUCUGCGGCCUGGGGGGUCCCCAGCAGGCACAGCUCUGCUCUGCAGCUGAAGCUGCGCCCGCCCAUGGUCACCGCGUUGUGCUCCCCCCCUGUGCCCCACUGCUGUGACCUGGGGGUAUCCUUUGAGCUCUUCUGUUAGAGUUGCUGUUGGUGGAUGCUGUUAGCCAUACGGGGAAAGGAAAAAAAAAAUAGAAAAAUAGGGAAAAUAAAUUUCAGAGGAAUAUUUUUGAAGCAGGGUAAUUCUUUUGGCCGAAGGGAAGACUGUGUAUUUGUUAAUUGGUUUCAGCUCUACUGUUGUCAUUGACUGAGAAGAUCUGUUUUAAAGUGGUCUACCCUGCCCCGCCCGCAAGCAUCUACAUACCCUGCUCUGAUGUGCUGCGUGCUCCGGCCCCUGGUUUUCCACGCUGUGCCCGGAGGACGGCAGGGCACUGCCAGAGGGCACCAGGGUGUUCUUGGUGUGCCUGGUCCUGCUCAGCAGCAGGCGUUGAUGCACGAGUCCCCCGCGAGCACGGCGUGUGUCCCACUCCUGGGGACACCCCGACUGCUGCUCCUGAGUUUGGGUUGAGAGCCGCUGCUACAAACCCUGUCUAAGUCAUGUCGUGGUCGGCGUUCAGAAUGUCAUCCAUCACCCAAACCUCUCCGAAUAAGCUUCCUCCUUCGUUCAUCUGAAAUCUUGAGGAUGAAGGCUGUUUAAAUCCUGAUUCCUUCACGACGUUACUUGUGAUCUUCUGUAUUAAGACAGCGUCGAGAGCGAGGGCGUUCGCCGUGGCCUUCCCACAGACGUAGCAGAGGUGGUUCUUGCAGUUCUUGCAGUCUGACUUCUGGUUCGAGGCACCUGAAUAUUCCAGACAGCCGUGGGGGAGCAGAGCAUAACGGUGGAGUGAGUCACUCAUAAACGGUGUAAUAAGCUCACGGCACACCAGCUGGCUAAUUGUUCCUAGUGUUUUGUAGGUAUUACGGCAUGGGGGGGCAAUGGAGGGGCUUGAGUCACCCGUAUCAAAGCAUUUCUGCGUGGCAGUUUUUGGAACAGCAUCUCAGGUAAACUCCCCAGUAGCUUUUCUCUGACUCUUCACCUGAGCUAACAUUUCCAUGUCUUUGAAGUGAUGCAAUCUCGUGUUAAAAUAACACUUGAAUGAAUUUAAUAGAAGAAGCUAAUCUGCUAGGGCCUAAAACCCUAAAAAUGGCAGUUCCAGGUUUAAGUGGGAGCUGGACUACAAAUAUUGUGGCUUUUAUUUCAAUUUUUGUGGCAUGAGUAAAAGAUUUAUGUAGGAGUAUUGUAUGUUAGUUUUUGAGAAAGUUGGGAAGUUUAAAAUAAAUCAAGGGCUGUAAACGAUGGCAUGGAGAUUUAACUUGAGUUGAAGCAGUUGCUACUUCAGCUGUAAGCCUGGAGCUGUGCUCGGUGCAGUGGUUGUUAGGAUGUGGAUGCAUUUUUGCAGCUGUUGUUGCUUUGCAGCUAAAGUUCUAGUCAAUAUUCCUGACAGCUAGGUUUUUCUUCAGUCGCCAUACUCAUCUCAAAGUCUUCAUCGGCUCAGGUGUUUUCCAUAAGAGGUGAAAAUCAGAACCUGGAAGUCUGCGAGAUGAAGGGCAGAGCUGCGGCCAGCUGAAGUGCUCAGGUUCCGUUCGGUAUGUCCAGAGGCACUUCUGAACAUUGCCUCAGUAGCCUCAUUCGUUUAGUUUCAGAUAUUUCUAGUUUUAAUGUUCAUUUAUCUGUGUUUUUUUUUAAUUUCCCCUGUCAGUUAAUUUAAGGUUGGUUGAGUUUAGUAGGUGAUUAGAUGUUUUAAAUACUCACAACAUUUGAGCCUGUUGCCUUCAGUGAAACCGCACAGGGGUGGAUCUUGCUCACGGUGCCAGCUGUGGAAGAAAUAAUUUUGAAACGUAUUACCUUGUUUGCUCGGCAUUCCAUUUAACAUCCUUUGCCACGGACUUAACGUGAGGCACUGUAGUCCUUUUCGUCACAAUAUGUGCUAUGAAUUGUUAGGCAGCUAACUUUCCAGCCGGAUCGCUUUCAUCGUUGUACAUAUGAAACUAAUCCCUUCUUGGCUCUAUUUGUAUCCGAGUGUGCCUAGUGAUUUAGAAAUUGGUAUCAAGAGCAUUGCACAUAUGAAUGCCACGAUGAAGAGAACAUAGAAAUCAAAUUCUGUCUUCAUAAAAAUGGCAUGUUGGAGUACAGUUAAAUGAACUAAUCUUGAAAUUCCAUCUCAGACUCGACGUUUAUUUCAUAUUAGGGUUAUCUGCCUUACUUUCAAAUUAAGCUGCUAGAAGGUUCAAUUUACGGGAUGGAAUUCAGUGGCAUUUUUUUAGUAUCAUGGGAAAGGAUUUCUAUACGCACAACUUCUCAGUGUGAUUAAUUUGCUUCAUCUAGUACUCUUGAUUAAAAAAAAAGUUUACUGGGUGUUGAGGCAGUGAUGAUAGUCAUUUUCCAAAUGGGCUGGGAGAAAACCUGUGAAGUAUUAAUUUUAUAAUCUUGAAUCAGGUGACAAUAUUUUUUAAUUUGUGUGAAGCAAAAGUAUUGUUGUUGUCUACCAUCAAUUUUUAAUAUUAAAUAUUACUGGUUUCUACCGUCAUUAUUUGCUGUUAGGGAUUUUUUACUUUUUUUUUUUUUUAAGCUGCUUAUUAUUCAGAAAUUUGUUUCUCCUAGUUGGAAUUCUGAUGUGGCUCAGUGUCAGAGUGCCACAGUUUUGAAUAUUUGUCAUAAAUCUACAAGAAGAAAGUGGUAUAAAGUACUGAGGCACGGAGAAUCUCAGUAGUUCAGGUUGCCUGAAGGAUCUUUCACAGAGCAAAGACUUAAAUGAGAAUUCCCGAAUUUCAGUCUUGCCCUGCAUCUCUGUGGCAGCACCCCUUUCCCUUUCACAUAAAGCUUUCACCUUUAUGUUGAAGUCCUCAAUUUCAACAGAUUGUUUGUUCUGCAAAAAACACUUCCAAAGCAUAUAUGUAAUGUCAGGUGGAAAUAUUCAGUAUGUGAAAUUGAUGAGUAGUCUUUGUAUUUAUUUUGUGGUAUCACCGGCUGCUGGAUGUUAACAGCAGCAUUGAACCUUCCUGAGCCAGGAGGCCUGAAACUUUUCUGUCUGUUCUUACUCCUCAUCAUGGUUUGAAGUUGAUUAAGCUUCUACUCCUAAUCUGGCUGGUGCUUUAGGAAGUAUUUUUUGUAGGAACUAAUACUUGAGCAUAGGAGCCUGCCUUCAGACAUCACAAACAAAGCGUCCAAUUAAAAUUUUUCUAGUGACUUUCUUCAUCUGUUGUAGGUAAUUAUAACUCUCUAUGAGGAGAUGGAGGGUUUGGAAGUUUUAGCUUAUUGUUGUUCUAACACAUCUUUGGUUCUGGGUACUUGAAGCACCUGCUAAACUUUUGCUGACCUGGUCCUUAUUUUCGUGUUAUUUCCCUUACUGCCCUGGCAUUGCAGGGUUACCGAUCUGAAAGACGUCUUCUGCAGAUAAGCAAAGGCAGAUGAUUUAAUGCUAAAAUUAUAUCAGUAAAAUGCUCUUGGAAGAGGAAAGGUCUUCUAAAUUAAAAUCUAGUAUGUGUAAAAACAGGUGCUGUUAUAUUUAGAGAAAGAAACUGAAAGCUGUUGGAAACAAACAAAAGAAGCCUGUGGGCCAGCAGCGUGUCUGCGCUGGUGGUAUGAUGUAAGUUGUUAACACAAUGGAGUAUUUAACCUGGGUGUAUCCCUUAUGGCUCGCUUGUUCAGGAUGGAGGUCACCCUUCUUGCUGGGCUGUGCUCUGAGGACAGCUCGUGUAAGCCUCGGGUUCCCCACGCCUGCAGCGCUCGGAUCCCAUCUGCAGCAGCUGGGUGAGCUGAGGCAGCUUCCCAGUCCCUUCCUGUGGCACGGGGUUUCUAGGUAUGUGAGAUGUCGGUCACACAGACAGCUACAUCACAGUUCUCUGCUCGUUAGUGACUUCUGUCGCCUUCCAGUUUUUAUUCCCAUUCCCGUGCACGGCCUGGGAGGGUGCCCUGGGCUCCUCAUUGGGCUGCUUUCUCCGUGUGAACAUGUAAGACGAGGGCAGUAGCUUUGGAAUCCAAAUCCUUGGCUUCUCAGGUGUUGCUGGGGUCCUUUGGUUAAAAGGUUACUCAAAUUCGAACAGCCCUUCCUAAAGAUGAACUCAGACAAGUCUUGCUGUGCACAUGUAGGUCAUCCUCCAGCAUCCCAAGGGUGGCUACAGGCAGCCAGAUGGGUGGCACAACAAGUCAAUGCUUCUUGUCCAAAUUGGGGGAAACAAAGGUUCUUUCAGGAUUUCAACUGUACAUGAAUCCUUAAAAAUCAAUAAUUAGAUUAGUAAAGGAUGAUGUUUUAAUAUGCUGGCAGGAAUAUAGAGGGAUUUGUCAGGGGAAGCAAAAACAGACUUUGCACUAAAGUGGCUUAGGUAUUAUUUAUAGUGUUAGUGAUAUUUGUGUGCGUGAAAACUUUGGACAAUUUUAAUAUAAUGUAAGGCUUUGAGCUUUAGCUGACUAAAGUUGCUUGUUUUAUGAAGUUACAUUAGUACAACACUGUGAAGUAUUUUUAAAUAUUAGCAUUACUGGGUAUUAAAAGUAUUUCAUAAAAACAUUUUUUAAAACAUUUUCUGUAGAUGCUGUCAAAGGAGUUGAUGUUUAGUGUACAAAGAAAUAAAACCCUGAGGGCUGUAAGGUACAUGUGUGGUUCUGAUCACCUCAGUUUUUGAGGGAUCAGGGAUUUUUUGGGAUAAAUUUUUGUCGUUAAAACCUACUAAAAAUAAUGGUGCAGUUAAUCCUUUCAGCUACAGGAAGCAGCAUUACCUCCAGCCAUGCUUUUGAACUGUCUGAAAGGAUUUGCCAUCGCGUUUAUUGUCUUCAUAGACUGAUGUCUUUAGCAAUGCUGUACAGCACAGUGUUUUGCAAGUUGCUAUGCUGAUAAAUUUCUCUCCAUGUGUAACCUUUGGAAUCAAGUUUCUAUUGUAAUUCUAGCAUGUAAACACUAGGUUCAAUUUUGUAUUCCUCUAAUGAAUGCAACAGGAUGGAAAUGAGUUUGCAAUUGCUAAUGAUGAGCUUUCUUACUGUUCUUAAUACUCGUGGGUAUGUCUUUACUUCAGGGAGUUCAAAAUUGUAUUAGUACCUUUUUUAAUUGUUUCUUUUUUUUUUUUUUUUUCCCACAUGCUGUUUACAAUUAACCUGCAAGCAUGGGAGGCUAUGCAUGCAUGUGCUUCUAGGUUGCUUUGCUGAACAAAAUGCAGUGGAGCAAUCUGACUUUACGGAUGCUCUCUUGUCCUUACAUUCCACCUGUGUCUGCUCCUUCACAGUCACUGGGACAGCAGAAGCCACCGGUCAGAUAAUUUCAGUGUUCUGCGGGAUGGGGCAUCUGCCUGAGGGCUGUCACGAGGAGUUUUGCUGGGGGAGAUGAUCCAGCUCUGUACAUGAGUAGUGUUACAACUGGUACUUUUCUUCCGAGCGUCAGUGAAAAGGCCAGGAAUAGACAAAAUCACACGUAAGAGUGUGUAUGUGUGUUUGUAAGAAAUUUGUGCACCUUUUUAAUGCUGGAAUUUUUUUAUUUUUUAUUUUUUAAUUAAAAGAUGAGAAAGAGGUGUGAGUGUGAAACCCCUGCUAUGAAAAAAACUACAGGGAAAAAAAAAUCCACCAAAGCAGAUGAGAAGAGCAAACAGGUGAAUUCGAGGCAGUCCAACCCGUGAGACUCGGUGAUGCUGGGUGUAGCUGUGACACAGGGAGGAACAUUAGGGUGGCAGCCUAGGCCCCCUAAUGUUCCCCACCUCUGCCCGAUUUGUUCUGUUUUGUACCCUGCAGGGGAAGGGGGGAGUAGUGAAGAUGGGCAUUUUGAUGUUCACGGCAGCUGAGGAACGGUUAUUGUUGUGAGUCCAAAAAUGUGUAUUUUGUGCCAACUCAGAAUUGUUGUUAAAAUACGGGGGGGAGAGGUACUUCUGCCCAAUUAUUUUAAUAGACAUUUCUGUAGCUGAUUUUUCAGCUAAGGCUAAUAUAGGAAAAACUAUAGUUAAGCCAAAAAUUACAAAUGUUACUGAUUUAAAAUAACCUACAUAUUUUUAAAGAUGAAAUGGAACCGCAUUAAAGCGAAGUAUGUACAUACCUGAUCCUCAGUCUUUGCAUAAUUAUUUCCAAGAGAUAAUUUUGCUAUGAGCUGUUGAAACUCAAAGCAAUGUAUUAUUCCCUUUGAGCCGACCUGUACUCUAGCUGUGUCAUCCAUCUCUUGGUUCGUUUCCUUUUUGCUGUAGAUGUACGUACAUACAUAGCUAUGUAUGCAUCUCAGAGUAAGCGAUUUAAUGUGGCAGUAAUUGUACAGUCACACAGUUUAGGGCUUUGUAAAAUAUGUAAUUUUAAGAAUGUCAAUGUGGUUCUUAGCGAAUUUUAUAAACACUUUUCUGAAUCUGUUAUCAGCACUUCCCAUCCUAAGAAAAACUGCACAUAUUUCAGUGAUUGUUCCACUGGUUACAUUUUUGUCUGCCAUUCGUUUUGGAUUGAUGUAAUCUUGAUACUACUACAAUUUCAAGGGCUGUUGACGCAUUUCACAUAGCCUGGGAUUGCCUGUUCUCCAAAUGUAUGGAUCGUGCAUCAACAGUACUACGUAGCCUUACUGUUUUGCCUAAAAGCCUAGCUAAUUUAUUUAACAUUCUCUCUUUAAAGAGAGCUCGUCGGAAGGGGUAGCGUAUUUUAGGACGCUCCUUCUCUUUAAAGGGAAACCUGGAAUUGAAUAGCAGUACUCGUUGAUCAGUGAUAUUAUUGUAGCCAAAGGAUGCAUGGGUGGUUUAAUAGGAAGUUUUUGCUUCAAGUUUCUUGAUGAAAUGUAGUGUUCUACAGAGCUGUGUGAAGAGUGUAGUUUUUUAUUCGGAAAUGCACUUGUACACUUUAUUUGAAAGGUCUGAAUGGAUCAUAAAUACAUUUAAGAAAUAAAUGAUAUGUCACAUGUUUUCA